AUGCGGCCACGCCUGGGCUGUAACCCAGCCUGGGCACAGAGCUCAUCUUACCUCGGCACUGCUGAGCCGGAGGUACAGCCAGAAUAUGCUGCUAACGUGGGCUCUCACAAGCCUGGAAGAGGACUACCUAAAGAGAGCCCUCCCAGGGUGGAUAACACACCGCUGGAUUUCCAGGAGACUGUCUCCUUGAAAGAAAGGAUGGCAAUGUACAAGGCUGCCGUGUCCGAGAGAGGGAGCAGCAACUCCUUUGCUCAUACUUCAGAGAAAACCACGUUCUGUACUGUGCCCGGUGGCCUGGCAGCAGUGAGGAGACAAUUUGAGAAAGUGCACCUGAUCGCUUCACGAAAGACCUUUGUUCAGUACCAGCACAAAUCCGUACAGGAUAUGUCAAGUAGCAGCAAGCAUACAGUAUCAAGCAGUACCAGGGAAGCCGAGUGCAAUCAAAUCGCCUCCAAAGACAGUCAAAUGGAAGCCUCUCAAACACAAGAGGUUUCUCAUCACGAGCAAGUUACUCAUGAGAUAAAAAUGGCUUCUACACUCACCCAGAACGCUGGUGAAACAGUAAUCAAUGCAGCUCGAAAUGAAGAGUUCCCAAAGAUUGUAACACAGAUUUUAAAACAGCAUAUUGAAAGGACAGCUCAGGAAAAGGCUGAAAGAGAGACUGCAACACCUGCAAAAGAAGUAAAGAAGCUGCAGAUUCAGGAAAAUGAAAAAUGCAGACUCUGUCAACAGAGAGUUUACCCAAUGGAAUGCCUAGUUGCUGACAAGAAUCACUUUCAUAAAUCAUGUUUCCGAUGCCACCACUGUGGCAGUCAAUUAAGCUUGGGAAAUUAUGCAUCUCUCCAUGGAAAAAUAUAUUGUAAACCCCAUUUUAAGCAACUUUUCAAAUCAAAAGGAAAUUAUGAUGAAGGCUUUGGAUACAAACAGCAUAAAGAAUUAUGGAAUUCUGAAGAUCAGUGUAGCUCAGUUGGCAAUAUUAACGCUGAAGAAACAAAUCCCAUUAACAGUAUAUUGGUUGAUGCUAAACCAAUUACAGAAAUUGAUGAAGACUUGUACUCAGGUACUGAAGGUACUCAUCAGGAUAUUUUGGAUAAUAAUUUGAAAAAAUCUACAGAAAUAGAACAAAAUCAACACUCAUCCUUUAGCUCUCCGACUGAAAAAGAAGUUGCAAAUAUCUGCAAAGCAGAAGAAAAUGAAGAAGGAAAUAAGGGGAUAGAUGAGGAAGCUGGGAACGUGCAAGAUAAGCUGAAUAAAACAGGAGGAUUACCAAAGCGGGAGGAAAGUGGAAAGGAUACUAAUGAAGGUGAUAAUGUGAUUGUUCAUAGUGCGGGGAAGGAGCAAGAAAAAAAACCUAAUGAAGCUGACAGUUCAGAAGCUGUACAGGUCACUAACAUUGAUGAUGUAACAGCACAAAAGAAUCACAAAGAAUUCAGCUUGAAUAACAAUAACAAUAACAAUUAUGCCACUUUUUCUUAUCUAAAUAUUUGUAGGCAGGAAACAACUCCCUCAGCCACAUCUAACCCGAUGACAGCAUUAAGCCACCCAAUUUGCGCUGCAUUGCAUCAUGCCUCCGCAAAGCUGGAAAAUCGGUCUGGAAGCGAAGAAAUAUUUCAGAUGUAUGAAUCUCAUGAGAGCUAUUCCAGCGAUACUGUAACUGUUUCACAGGAUGAAGAGAACCCAAAAUAUGAACAUGCUGUUACCUCUAAUAGUCCUGCUCGAUUUAAUAAUGAUGCCACUUGUCAGAAGUCUUGUACUAAUAGCACAUUAGUUUCAAAGAAGUCAAUUAAUACUACAUCCCCUGUUGAUACUGAGUUGGUACGCACAGCAGAGGGAUCAGAACAUGACAAAAACUUAAAUACUAUUUUAUCUAACACUGUGAAGACAUCUUCUCUUAAAAAAGACAACCUGGUUUUAGAAAGCAAAAUAAUCCAAGUGUCAAAGAAUGACAUAAACACAAGGCUAGAUUUACUGAGCUCAGAAUAUACAGCUGUUCCAUCAUUUCAAGGUGAGAAAGUCAAGUUCGAACAGCUCACUAGUAGAAGAACAAAUUAA